AUGGCCGAGGGAAGGUUCGCUUCUGUUUACUCAGUUGAAGAAUUCAUUUUAGAACACGAAAACAAAAAUACCGCUCAAAAAACUGAAAGAGAUGUAAAAUUGCUUGAAAGAUUUUUGAAAACGAAGGACGAAGACAGGAAAAUUGAAGAUAUUCCAGCGGCUGAGUUGAAUGAAUUCAUUAGCGAAUUUAUUAUCUCCGUACGCACUAAAGAUGGCAACGAGUACGAGCCGACUUCGCUUCGAAGUUUAAUGGCCAGCUUCGAACGACAUUUAAAGAAAAAGGGCUAUUCUGCCAGCAUAAUCAACGACUUGGUCUUUGAGAAAACCAGAAAAGUUCUUCAAUCCAAGCAAAAGCAGCUAAAGAAGCAAGGAAAAGGGAAUAAACCGAAAGCAUCGGUAGCUUUGACAACCGAAGAGUUAAAGAUAUUGUACGAGAAGGGUUUGCUCGGUAUGUGUAGUCCUGAGGCGCAAUUAAACACGCUCUGGCUAAACAACACUCUUCACUUUGGACUCCGUGGGUGCAAAGAACAUCGUGAUAUGUGUUGGGGAGAUGUAAAGCUUCACAAAACGGUAAACGGAGUGGAAUACUUGGAGUUCAAUGAACGUCAAACGAAAACUAGAACUGGCUCAGACUACAGCAAUGUCAGAGCUGUACCGCCGAAAAUGUUUGCGACCGACGAAACUGAAAGAGAUCCUGUCGCAGUCUACAAAAUUUUUGCCAGGAAGAGACCCGAGGAAAUGAAUCAAGACAAUGCUCCCUUUUAUCUGGCCGUAAACAACGGUUUGAAGGCGGACUCGCUCGCAAGAAAAAGCUGGUUCAAGUCCGAUGCGGUUGGCGUAAACAAACUCAACGGUUUAAUGAAGACAAUGGUGCAGAAAGCGAAAUCACAGCGGCAGAAAGACAAUGAUCCAGACGCUAAGUGA